AUGAAUUUCUACUCUGCUUCUGUUGCCUCGCCCGUCACUUCUUCCAAUCUGAAGAGGAGUCGCUCUGGAGCUAACGGAUCGAGUGGUUCUUCAGUCCCCACUGCUGCUUUACCAAAGAUCCAUAGCAGUGAUCUUGUCCUGAGAGUUUUUACUCACAAAUCCUUGCGACGUGCCACCCGUUCUAGCACAAACCUCGACGACUUUGACGAUAAUGAAAGGCUGACUGAGUUAGGAAAGGCUGCUCUUAAUGUUGCAGUGGCUCAUGUUCUUUUCAAUAAACGCCCAAUGCUAAAGCCAUCUGAGAUGUCUUCGCAGCAUAAACACAUUCUAUCGGACGAGAAUAUAAACAAUUGGGUGACUUUCUACAACCUGCGGAUGAAACUACGUUGCCACCCUAAUCUUUACCCGAGACUCAACACUCCGCAGGAAACUUGUUCGAUUUUUUAUGCGUAUGUUGGCGGCGUUUAUGCUGAGUCUGGACAAGAAGCUGUGAGGGAAUGGAUUGAUUUACUUGUGGAAGGAACAACGACGGAGCAAGAGCUGCCAGAACCCGCACCACCCUUCCGCGAGGAGACACCUCCUCAGAAAAAAAUGAAGAGCGAGCCACUCUCUCCAUCACCCGAGUCUUCAAUUUUUUUCGCAUCUCAACCCCCAUCUGCCUUGAGGCACCUACCGCCCCACAUGGAACAAUUGAAACCGUCACCUCAAAGUUCACAGUUACAAGCUCUGACUCCACCUCCGACUCAUUUUCGCAUACUGCAACAGGUUCAACCACCGCCGAAUGCUCGAAUCUCACAAUUUCAACCACUGACUCCACCACCGUCUCAUUUCCAAACAAGACCACAACAGACUCAGCCUCAACCGAAUCCUCUAGCGCCUGCGCAACCUAAUUUACCAUUUCUACCAUUAUUUAAUCAAACUGCUAGUCAACGACGCGUGACUGUUGAAUAUCCUGCUGAAUUCAGUGGACCAUCGCACGCUGGUCGGUGGACGGUGAAAUGUGUUGUGAAUGGCAUACCUAAAGGGGUGGGUACCGGAGGGAGCAAACAAGUUGCCAAGGAGGAAGCUGCGAGGCAGGCCUAUUAUGCGAUGGGAUGGACGUAG